AUGUCUCAUCAUAUAGAGUUUGGUGGUUGUAAGUUUGUGGUUACAGUGGCAACAGUGACUGCAGUAUCAACAGGACAAUGUUUAGUCGCAAUAGCAGCUCUCAGAUUCAAUGCAGUCUGCAGACCCUUAAAACAAACCAUUAGUAACAAAACGGCUCGUUGUUUGACUGUAAUGUUCUUUUUGAUAGCAUGUGCGGUGUCGUGGCCAUCGCCUGUUAUUAUUACCAACGUCCACAAAAGUCUUGGUGAUGAUUUUUAUGUGACCAAUUGUGCCAGUAGUCCGGAAUACGAGCAUACUGUCUAUCCUUUUUUAUAUAGUUUGUUUCAAUUCCUACUCUUCAUUGGUACGUUCUUGUCCAUCUCUGUACUAUAUUGUAUAACUGGCUCGCGACUGUGGAAACGAAAGAAAUAUGGAAUAUCAUGUCGUUCAUCUUCAAGGGAACUCACCAGCUCUACUAGCAGUGAAAAGUAUUUUGAGCAAUCCAAUUUGGUGGGAUGUAUAUCAAACGAUACCGUAUUCAGCAUCUGUCAAGAUGAGACGAAAUCUCUGGAUAGAACACUCAAAUCGAAUGAAAUUCAAUCAAAUGUCAUCAAUCAAAAUUUGACCCAGGUCAAAUUGAAUACUGAGUCGCAGAAUUUGUAUGAUCUAAAUCAGCUUAGUGCAUGUAAUGUUCUCGAGCAAUCAAAAUUCCUCAGAUCUAGUACAGUUACGUAUCUAUCAAGCAGUAUUGAAUCGAAUACGAUUCAAACAUCAAAUGCGAUUCCAACUCAUCAAUCAAGAGAUGACGAAUCAAAUACGAUUCAAACUAAUCAAUCAAGCCAUGACGAAUCAACUACGAUUCCAACUAAUCAAUCAACCUAUGACGAAUCAAAUACGAUUCAAACUAAUCAAUCAAGACAUGACGAAUCAAAUACGAUUCCAACUAAUCAAUCAACCUAUGACGAAUCAAAUACGAUUCAAACUGAUCAAUCAAGCCAUGACGAAUCAAAUACGAUUCAAACUAAUCAAUCAAGCUAUGACGAGUCAAAUGCGAUUCCAACGAAUAAAUCUUGCGACAUAGAAUCAAAAACGAUUCCAGCUAAUCAAUCAAGCACUAAAGAAUCAAUUACGAUGUCUAAAAUUCAAUCAAGAUUGCUCAGAUCAAAUUCUCUUCCAUCUCAUCAAUCAAGAAGCAUAAUAUCGGAUUCGUUUUCAAAAAAGAGGUAUGCAUCAUUUCGAAAUACGUCAUCAAAUUUCCUAAAUCAAUCAAAUGAUGUGAUUCACAACGAACAAACUCGAAAAUUCGAAAAUCCUAUUUAUCAUGAACGUUUGGUUACGAAUGUAGAAGACCAAAACGAAAUAGAAUCGCCUUCCAAUGUCGAAGUGCAGGACUCUGAAAACCUUAAUCAAUCAAAUUCCGUGAUUGAGUGGGGACACAACCAACAAACCAAAAUCGAAAGCGAAGAUCAUAUUGAUCAUGAACGUUCAUUUACCAAUGCAGAUGACCAAGUCAAAAGUUCGUCGCCUAUCAGUGUCGGAGUGCAGAGCUCUGAAAAUCUAAAUCAAUCAAGUUUGGAAGAAUUCAAUCAAGAUCAAAACUUCGAUCGACCGCCUGAUUCAAGUAUUACCUUUUAUGACAGUGAAAAAACUUUGAAGGAAUCAACCACCAUAGACCACCGACAGAAAAAGGCGAAAAAAAGGAACAGCAUAAUAACGGGAUCUAAUAAACUUGACCCGGUUAAAAUGUUAGUUAUUAUGGCUUUGAUAUUUUUUCUGAGUUAUGUGCCUCACUUAACGUUGAUGAUUUAUAUUGAAGUAGGCUAUCCGAUCAAGUUAGCGCCUGUUUCAGAGAGUAUCAUUGGUAUCUUAAUUCGCUCUUAUUUUCUGGGCAGUGUUUGUAAUCCUAUUCUGUAUGGAUGUUAUAAUAGGAAAUUUCGCGAUGAAGUUAAAAGUAUUUGGAAAAAUUUAAAAAGAAGCAUUAAGAGAUAA